ACCAAUGGCAGAACCUAUCCUCUCUAUCAUUGCUGAGGGAAUCAUCGGGUGGUUGAGUUCUAAAGCUGUGGAAGAGGUAGGAUUGCUUUGGGGUGUAAACAACGAACUUGCAGGACUCCAAGAAACCAUUAUGACCAUCAAAGCAGUACUUCUUGACACGGAGGAGAAGCAGGCCCAUAACCAUCAAGUUAGAACCUGGCUCGGGAGGCUUGAAGCUGUUGUUUCUGAUGUUGAUGACUUGAAGGACGAGUUCUCAUACGAGGCUCAUUGGCAAAAGGCAAUGGCUGACGGUGAGGUGAUGAAGAAGGUAUGUACUUUCUUCUCAGCCUCAAACCAAGUUGUCUUUAGGCACAAGCUAGGUCACAAAAUAAAAGCUAUUAAGGAAAGACUGAUUGCUAUUAGAGAUGAUAAACCCUUUCAUUUGGAAGAGAAAGUGGUCACUAUAGAGAGAGAGCCUACUCACUCAUAUGUACCUGAAAAUGAAGUUAUUGGGAGGGAUAAAGAUAGAAUGGAAAUUUUGAAAAUUCUAUUGGAUUCUAAUGUUGAUGAGAAUGUAUCAGUGAUUUCCAUAGUUGGUAGUGGAGGAUUAGGAAAAACCACACUUACUCAAUUGGUGUAUAAUGAUGAUAAGGUCAAAAGGCAUUUUGAUUUAAGAAUGUGGGUGUAUGUCUCUAAUGAUUUCAAUGUGAAAUCACUAGUUGAGAAAAUCAUUAAAGCUGCAACUAAUAGGGGUCUAGAAAACUUAGAGAUAGAUCAAUUACAGAAGCUGCUUCAGAAAGAAAUAAGUGGAAAACGAUAUCUCCUUGUGCUAGAUGAUGUAUGGAUUGAAAAUCAUGAACCAUGGAAAAAUUUGAAAAAUUUAUUAGCAAAUUGUGCAUCAGGGAGUAAAAUAAUAAUAACCACUCGUAAUAUAAAGGUUGCUGAGAGUACAAGUAAAAUGAAGCCAUACAUCUUAGGGAGAUUCGAUAAAGAUGAAUCAUGGUCUCUGUUUAAAAAGGUGGCUUUUAAGCAUGGACAAGAGCCCAACGAUUCUACAAUUGUUGAAAUUGGAAAAAAGAUUGUUGAACAUUGUGGAGGCAAUCCACUGGCCAUAAAAACUAUAGGCCGAAUGUUCUAUUUUAAGAAUCCAGAAAAGGAAUGGUCUCCUUUCCUUGAAUUGGAAUUUUCAAAACUCCCUCAAAAAGAACAUGACAUCCUACCAACCUUAAAACUUAGCUAUCAUAAUCUCCCAUUGCAUUUGAAGCAUUGUUUUGCCAUUUGUAAGCUCUUUCCUAAAGGUCAUGAAUUCAGUGUAGAGAUCUUAACAAAUCUUUGGAUGGCUCUAGGAUAUAUUAAACCAUCGUAUCCAACUAAGUCGUUAGUGGAUGUUGGUCAUGAGUAUUUUAUGGAUUUACUUUGUAGAUCAUUCUUUCAAGAAAUACAAGGAGAUAUUCUGGACAAAAGAUGUCAAAUGCAUGACCUCAUGCAUGACCUUGCAACACAAGUAGGAGGAACAGAGUAUGUCCUUUGGCAGCCAAAUAAGAAAAGUAAUUUUGAGAAUGAUACUCGCCAUGUAUCAUUUAAUUUUCAUUUAGAUUCGUUACAACGAAUUCCAACUACAGUUUCUAAAGAAAAUAGGAUCCGAACUAUUCUUUUGCUUGGUCAAUCAUCAAGUAUAGUUGAAGGAAGACGAGGACAGUCAAUUUGUGAUGUAGUUGUGUCAAACUUUAAGUUUGUCAGAUUCUUGGAUCUUCAUAAUUUGGGGAUUAGGAUAGUGCCAACUUGUAUUGGUAAGUUGAAACAUCUAAGGUACCUUGAUCUUUCUAAAAAUAAAGAUGUCAAGGCAUUGCCCGAUUCUAUUACAAUGUUGUGUAAUUUGCAAACGUUGAAAUUGUCUUAUUGCAAGGGACUCCAAAAGUUACCCAAAGACAUCAAGCGACUAGUCAACCUUGUAAAUCUUAGUCUUGAAGAUUGUAUCGGUAUGACUCAUAUGCCACAUGGGCUAUCACAGUUGACUAAUCUCCAAACAUUAUCACAAUUUGUAUUGAAGGAUGCCACAAGUACUUCUGUACGUAGGCAUAAUGGUGAGGUUGGUGAGCUAAAGGACUUGAUGGGAUUAAAUAACCUUAGAGGAGAGUUGGCUAUUUAUAAUUUGGGAAAUGGAGAAGAUACUAGGACUGCAAAUUUGAGGGAAAAACAACAUCUUAUUUCUUUGCUUUUAUGUUGGAGGAGUGUUGAUAGUUCAAAUCUGAAGGAUGUUGAAUAUGAAGCAACACUAGAAGGCCUCCAACCACACCCAGAUUUGAAAUUAUUGGUUUUACAAUAUUAUGAGGGUGAGAAGUUUUCAAGUUGGUUUCAAUCGCUUACAAAACUUGAAUACUUCAUUGUAGAAUACUGUAUGAAAUGCCAAUAUUUGCCAUCGUUAAAUCAAUUCCUUUCUCUCAAGCUGUUACACCUCAGAAAUGUGCUUGGUCUAGAAUAUAUUUCAAACAACUCAUUUACGUUGUCAUCUACAGCAGUACUACCAUCCCUUGAAUCAUUGUUCUUUAUAGGAUUGCCCAACCUAAAGGGAUGGUGGAAGGAGGAGCAAGUAGUAGUGGAUAGUGAAGAAGCUCAAGAAGAUCAUGAAUGUUCUUUUGGCACAUCAAUGAGUCACAUAUUACUUUCAUUUCCUCGUCUUUCCGAUUUCAAUAUCUAUAAUUGUCCAAAGUUUUCUCUUUUGCCACUCUCCCCGAAUAUCAAACUAUUGAGCAUCCAAAACAACACAUGGAAGGCAUUCCAACAGGCAGUAACGACAAAGACCCAAACAACAAUAGAGGAAGCAGCCUCAUCAUCUUCUUCCUUGUUUCAUUUCUCCAAUCUCAGUAAGCUUGCUCUUUUCGAAGUUGAAGAUUUGCAAUGUCUUCCAGAAUGGUUGAAAAACAUUACUUUUCUAAGGACGUUAGCUAUUUCUCGAUGCAUUAACUUGAAGUGUUUGUCUCCCGGUAUUCAACAUCUUGCCUCCUCACUUCAAGAAUUAACAAUUGAGGGCUGCAAAGAACUGGACAUGUCCCAUGCUGAUGAUAAUGUGUUAACAUGCCGUCCUCUGAAAAGUAGUCUGCGCUCACUUGUCUUAACAGAUUUGCCUCAAAUGAGGACUCUCCCUAAGGGACUUCAAUAUGUUACUAACUUGCAAGAGCUUGAAGUUGGAUACUGUCAAAAUUUGAUUGAAAUUUCAGAGUGGAUAAGCAACCUCAACUCCCUAAAGAUGCUGAAAAUUAUUAAAUGUCCAAAGUUAACAUCAUUACCAGAAGGAGUUCAGCGGCUCACCUCUUUACACAAACUAGAGAUUGAAGAUUGUCCCAUCUUAUACAAAAGAUGUCAGAGAGAAAUAGGCCAAGACUGGCCUAAGGUGGCUCACAUCACAGAGUUGAUCUUGAAAUCAAAUUUACAAGAUAAAUCUGAAUCGUCCUCUACUUUUCCAAGUUGUAAUUGGAAAGUAUUUAACAAGUCCUGGAUAUCACAGUUUUGCAACAAAGGAUUGUCAUAAUGGAUCCAUAUUUCAUAAAUAUUUGAAGAUUCAAGCAUGAAAUCUUUGUAGUUGUACGAUUUUGCAACAUUCAUCCAUUAAUUAAUAG